CAGCAUGAGACCAUCAGAGCACACAGACGGGCAGAGAGACGGUCUACCUGGACGUCAUGGAUCACCUGUUGAUGCUGCUACUGUUGCUGUGGAGCUCAGAAUCCCAUAAAGCCGAUUCUGAGUAUGCACCUGAAUGCACCAGCCGGAUAUGCGUGACUCACGUCCGGCGGAAGUAAACAACCCUCAGCUGACGUGGAGCUGCGGACUGUCACCGACCAGCUAGAGAAACUGGAUUAACUGGAACUGAGUAGACCAGUUUUAGAGGAACAGUUGUCGCUGUAUAUUGUGUUUGUAUUUCUUUAAUCUUUACCUCCCUUCGUUGAGAGACUACCGACAAACUCCAGAGCAAAAUGGCGGCUGCAGCGGAUGAGGCCAGCAGACCGUUCGCCGGGCUGUCGGACGUCUCCAUCUCGGAGGACAUCCCGGUGGAGGGAGACAUCUCCGUGCCCGUCGGCCCUACCACCAGGCGGCGGAACGACGACGAGUUCUCCACGCUGGACGAGCCCGUGCGGGAGACCAUCCUGCGGGACCUGCGUGCGGUGGGUAAGAAGUUCAUCCACGUGCUGUACCCGAAGAGGAGCACCGCUCUGCUGCGGGACUGGGACCUGUGGGGCCCGCUGCUGCUCUGCGUGACGCUGGCUCUGCUGCUGCAGGGUGGAGCGGCCGACAGCGACUACCAGGGAGGACCGCAGUUCGCUGAGGUCUUUGUCAUCGUCUGGUUCGGCUCCAUCAUCAUCACCCUCAACUCCAAGCUGCUGGGCGGCACCAUCUCCUUCUUCCAGAGCCUGUGUGUGUUGGGGUACUGCAUCAUGCCUCUGACGGCGGCCAUGGCCGUGUGCCGGAUCGUCCUGGUCGCCGGCUCGGGGACGGUCAGCUUCGCCGUGCGGCUGGUGGUGGUGACGGCCUCCUUCGGCUGGUCCACCUUCGCCUCCACGGCCUUCCUCGCCGACAGCCAGCCGGCCAACCGCAAGGCGCUGGUGGUGUACCCAGUGUUCCUUUUCUACUUCGUGAUCGGGUGGAUGGUCCUGACGUUCUCGCCGUCACAGUAGAAGAGAAACGAAAACAAGUGUUUGUUCAACGGACAAAAGAUGAGGGAAGGAACUCAAACAAACACCGUUUUCUGCCUUGGAACGAAGACGAAUGACUACUGAAGUGACUGUGAGUGUUUGUGGGCCUCUGAUGAAGCUCUUAGACUCAUCAAACUCAAAAAAUAAUUAUGUUCAGGCAAAGCAGUGGCUCCUACUCGGAUCCAGAGGAGUCCGGUGGACGCUGUGCUGCAGAUGGAGAGUUAAGAGGCUGAUGUUCACAUUUACGAGCUUUGUAAAGCUGAAGUCCAUAUGCUUGUAUAUAUAAAUGCUCUAUGAAUGUUUGAACUAACAGGGCUUCACACAUUAUCAUUGAUUUCCUCCUGGUCUCUCUGGGUAUGUUGGAAACCUCAUAGUGUCUUCAUGACACUCUUAAAUAAAACAUCCUCCGCUUUCAUUCUCGCACUACAUUCUUCAUUUAGCAGAUGCUCGACUGUUGAGCUGUUAGCGAACAUCUCUGGCCAAAUCUAGUUCUACUUUUUGUCCUUUUCCAGCAUGUUUCUUUUAGUAUUUUGGGGCGUACUUUAGUUUUUUAGUAGGCGGGUGACUGGUGUUGAUACGCAACAAAGUGUUAGUUAUUGAACAGGGAAUAUUUAGGUUUAUGGCUCAGUUCCUUGGAGCCCUCGGCCUCCAGAGCUCUCUACAGCCAGUUAGCUUAGCAUAAAGACUGUAAACAGGGGGAAACAGCUAGCCUGGCUCUGUUCACACGUACCAACACCUCUGAAUCUCUAAAUGAUGACCACCUUAUGUUGUUUGUUUGAAAACUGAAGUGUUGAAACAGUAUUUCUUCUUUCCAUUUUAUGGGGGUUAAUCCCCAGAAGGUGCGGACACUGAGAGCAAUCUUCUCAUCAGACUCUCGGCAAGAACGGGAAUAAAUGUAAUUCCAAAAAUAUCAAACUCUUUCUUCAAGGACUGGAUAAAGUCUGAAACUGACACUUUCACCAGGUGUGUGUGUGUAGUUCUGGUUAAACUUCACUGUGUGUCUGCACAGACCAAUGUGUUUUUGAUGUUUGUCGGUGGGUAAAGUCUUUUGCACACAUGGGCAGAAGGUCAAAUGUUUGAUGCAGAGACAAUAAUUUGAAUUUAAGAGGUGAAAACAAAGUAGUAACUGAGCCUGAUUAUCAGGUUAUUUCCUCUGACGCAGGCAUGCUGCACGUUGGCAGUCUGCUGUGCUCUCUGUGUUACGUUCUUUAUUUUAUGCCGUGUUUCAUCAGUUAGCCUCUUGUCUGUGCUGGUUCUCUGGUGUGUCGGGGUCAUUACAUUGAGGGAGAAAAGAAACUCAAGUCUCAUGGCUGCAGAAAACUAACAAACCAGCGUUAAAGAAGUCAGAUUUUCCUGGUAGAGAAGAAGAUUUAGGAGAGAGUUAUGAGAUGCAUUUUAAAACAGACUAGAUGGUUUGUGUGUCUUUUUCUGGAAGAUAAACAUCUCAACAGGGUUUAGCUUAAAGUCCCUCAGGAUUAAAGAGCGAAAGCUUCUCAACGGAACCUAGAUUUUACACCGACGUUAAAGAAUCCUACAGGAAGAAAUGAUUUCUGUAUCAACAAGAAAAAGUAAAACAACGUGUUUGUUGGUUGGAGGGAGGAUGACUCGAUCUUCAUGAUCUUUACCUUCGUGUUACAGCUGAUUGGUUAAAUUCUAUUUUCAUGACGUUAAUGCUUCCUGCAGAGUUAAACGGCGUUCUGGGAAAUGUAGGACAUCACAAACUGCUGUAUAGAAGCAGAUGCAGCAUGUUCAGGAAAAGUGGGUUCAUCAAAAAAUUGUAAAACUUCAUUAUAGAAAAUAGAGCAAUGAGACAAUGGUUUUGUUUGUAAACGUCACGGUGAUGUAAAUGCUUCUACUUUCCUCAUGACCUGUUCUUUAUCUUCUCUAAAUCACUGGGCUUUCUUUGUUGAUUUCUUUUCAUUCAUAUGUAUUAGGUUGCAUCAAUAAAUGAGAAAGAUUAAAUAUAUUUCAUCAGCUGUGAUUGUAUACACAUAUUGUUCUGUUCACUAACAGUUUGUUUUAACAUCUUAAUCAUUUACAUAUGUUUGAUGUUGUGCUCAGGCCACAAAAACAUUAAAUACAUUUAACAUCCCAUUACUAUUAAUGCAAGCUUUGGUUCUUCACU